CCUCUACUUCCCCACAUAAAAACAAACCCCUUCCCAACUCCUCUCUUCCCCACCCCCCACCCCCUUCCUCUCUCUUCCCCAUUUAUUCCGUUCUAAUCCCAAUUCUAUUUCAUCAUUAGUUCGAAAGGAUUAGAAUUCUAAUGAUAAUCCCGUGGGUUAAUCCCCUCUCCAUGGCCCCGGCCGCCGUCUGUGGUCUGGUGAUCCUGCGGACCAUCCUAUCGGCGAGGGCGCUGCUCUACCACAUGGGGCGGUGGUGGCGGUGGGUGGACGAGCGCGUGCAGGCGUACCAGUACUUCGAGAUCCCGCGGUACAACGAGAGCUCCCAGGAGAAUCCCCUCUACCGGAAGGCCGCCGCCUACGUGGCCUCCCUCCCCUCCCUCGAGGACGCCGAUGCCGCCACCCUCUGUUCCUCCGGCCGCAAGCCCAACGACUUCCUCCUCCACCUCUGCCCCGGCCAGUCCGCCCCCGACUCCUUCCUCGGCGCCCGGCUCUCCUGGUCCAACCGCCCCCCCGGCGGCGGGUGCCUCGUCCUCCGCGUCCGCCGCCAGGACCGCACCCGCGUCCUCCGCCCCUAUCUUCAACACGUCGAGUCCGUGGCCGACGAGAUCGAGCUCCGGCGGAGGGAAGUCCGGCUGUUCACGAACUCCGGGAAGGGGCCGCGGUGGAGAUCGGUGCCGUUCACCCACCCGUCGACGCUGGACACCGUGGCGAUUGACCCAGACCUCAAGAACCGGCUGCGGGCGGAUCUGGAGGCGUUUCUUAAAGGCCGGGCAUACUAUCACCGCCUCGGCCGCGUAUGGCGGCGGAGCUAUCUGCUCUACGGCCCACCAGGGACCGGCAAGUCCAUCUUCGUGGCCGCCAUGGCCAAGUUCCUCUGCUACGACAUCUACGACGUCGACCUCUCCCGCCUCGCCGCCGACGGUGCCGACCUCCGGUCGCUCCUCCUCCAGACGACCCCCCGAUCGGUGAUCCUCGUGGAAGACCUGGACCGGUAUCUAAGCGGGAACGAAGGGGAGUCAUCGUCGGCGAGGCUGACGGGUAUGCUGAGCUUCAUGGAUGGAGUCUUCUCGUGCUGCGGGGAGGAGAGGGUGAUGGUUUUCACGAUGAGCGGCGGCGAGGGGGGGAUGGAGGGGUUGGACCCGGCGGUGCUGCGGCCGGGGAGGCUGGACGUCCACAUCCACUUCCCCCUGUGCGACUUCUCGGCGUUCAAGACGCUGGCGAGCAGCUGCCUGGGGCUCAAGGACCACAAGCUGUACCCACAGGUGGAGGAGGGUUUCCAGAACGGGGCUCAGCUCAGCCCUGCCGAGGUCGGCGAGAUCAUGAUCGCCAACCGGGGCUCGCCGAGCCGGGCGAUCAAGUCGGUGAUCGGUGCAUUGCAGCAGUCGACAAAUGGAGGUGGCGGAAGGAAGCUGAGCGAGAGCUGGUCAACGGAGGGUGGCGGCGGGGGAUUGGGCUUGGGCAAGGAUUCGAUGACAAUGAGGGAGUUUCGGAAGCUGUAUGGAUUGAUUAAGAUGAAGUACGGCGGCAAGAGGGAAGGGGUGAUGCCGGUGGAGGUGGCCGCGGCGGCGGCCGCUGCUGGCACUCUAUUAGAUAAGGAUUAUUCGAACUGAACGGUGGAAGUUCACAAUAGGAGUUGGGAGUCCUUAUUUUGGGACUUGAGCCUAGUACAUUUUAGAUACUCUUUCCUCUUCGAAAUCCAGGUAAAGAAAUUUUAUUUGGAUUUUAGUUUUAUUUUUGAUUCUUGGGAGGGGAAACGGGGAUCAACCAAUUAGGUGUAGAAUAUAGUAUGCAAACAGUGGAGUAUAAAUGACAUACUCUGUUGUCCUCUGCAGUUUGAAGAUGAUACCCCGAGAUUCAUGCUUGGUUCUUGGAUUUUUUUUUUUUUGGUAUUUAAAAAAAAAUAUUGGAAAGUUUUAUUGUGUUGUUA